GGACGGGUAGGGGCAGUGAGAGGCGUGGAACGCAUGUGCGUUUCAGCAGCGGCAUAGAAGCUGGCAGUGGUUCUGUCUAUGGGUCUAGAGACUGGAGGACGGCAACGCCUUUUCGCUUGGGGCGCCAACAGUUAUGGGCAGCUUGGACUUGGCACUACCCAGGACUCCCUCUUACCACAGUUGGUCACUGGAUUCCCCAAUCGUGAGACGGUCAUCAAGAGUAUUAGUGCCGGCGGGGGGCACUCAGCUGCUGUUACAGAUGUGGGACAUGUGUAUGUGUGUGGGCAGAACUCAGAAGGGCAGUUGGGCCUUAAUCACACCACUGAUGUCACCCACUUCUCCCUGUGCCCCGGGACUCUGACCCUUCGGGUCUCCAAAGUUGCUUGUGGCUGGGAUUUUACACUCAUCCUUACAGAUUCUGGAGAACUUCUCUCAUGUGGAGCCAACACUUACGGCCAACUGGGUAGAGCUGGAGGGGAGAGAAGCUGCAUUCCUAGGCCUCUGGAUAUUCAAAAGAGGAAAGUGCUUGAUGUUGCCGCUGGACUGAGACACGUUCUUGCCCUCACAGACAAUGGGCAGAUAUUCCAGUGGGGGUCUGGGCUGGCAUCUCACGCGAGGAGAUUCUCUCAGCAGAAGCCAAUCCCUGCGGUUUAUAGUUCCACAGAACCCUGCCCAGUGCCAGGUAUGAAUGGCAUCUGUGGGAAGAUGGUGGCCGCAGGAUCAUAUCACUGUGUGGCUUUAUCUGAUGCAGGAGACGUUUAUGUGUGGGGCAGUAACAAGCACGGGCAACUGCUGCACAGUGACCCCUUCUUGCUUCACCCGCACAGAGUGCAAGCUCAUCUGUUUCUGGGGGAGAGGAUUGUGGCAGUUGUGAGCGGAUGGACCCAUCUGGUUGCACAAACUGACACUGGAAAGGUUUUCACCUGGGGAAGAGCAAAUUACUCCCAACUUGGUCGGCCCCCCAAUUCCGAAGGCACCGGGCUACACGAGACUGUACUGCAGGGUAUCAGUGCCAAUCAGCUUCCAGCCUGGAUCCCUUCUUUAACUGGUUCCUCCCAGGUGGCCUGUGGCUCGGAGCACAAUCUGGCAGUAUGUGGUGGACUGUUAUAUUCCUGGGGCUGGAAUGAGCACGGAAUGUGUGGAAAUGGCUCAGAAACCAACGUGCCUGUCCCAACAUUGGUCGGCAUCCCUCCUACUGCCCGCGUGGACCUGAUUGGCUGUGGAGCUGGACACUCCAUGGCUCUUUGUAUAAACCCAGGUUAGAAUGCAUGAAGCUGCCUGUAAUACUGACUUGCUGACAACUCCCAGCAUAGGCACGGAAUCCGCAUGCACAAACAGUGCAAAGAUGCACAAGAGUAUCACAAGAGAUGUACCAUGUGCAGACGGGCUGCUUGUUCAUCACAUGUAAUCUAGAAAUAAAUUCUCAUAUGAACCCACA